CAGCCUUGCUUCGUUUGGCUUGACUCUUGUCACAAGCCGGGCCUUUGCCUUACCUGGGGUCUGUCUGCUGUCAUCUCUCUCCCCCAACUUCAGUCUCCAACGGUCUAUGAUCACACAACAGACCCCUCAUUCCGAUCCUGUUUCCUGCAAGCAAAAUCCCGGUGCAUCUGCUGCCGUCUAGACUACUGCGAAGCAAUGGCCCUCACUCAACCAUCCACCUCAGAACGAACGAUCCGCAAAAUUGACAUUGCCCAAGUCUCCCUCAGCCUCCAGGAUCGGUUAGGCCUCGCCAAGGUCAAGUACCAGAAUGGUCGACUACAUGCUAUCGACCCCAACGUCAACGGGGGACGACAGGCGUCAUUAGGAAGUGACAAGCCGUCCGAUUCCUCCUCAGAUAUUUCCCACGGCCGUAGCGAGACACCGUUGACUCCGCCGCCCUUGCCGAACUCCUCGUACUCCAAAGAAUUGCCCCGGUCGUCCCGCAAUAAACAUGCAGCAACCUUCGACUCUCGAGUGAUGCAGCCCAUGCUGUCGGCUAGUCGGAAACGCCUACGGUCGGACUCUAUCACAGAACAAACAGUCAAAGCACCUCGGGUUUCCUGGAAAACCUCAUAUCAACUGCCUGAAUCAUCCCCUGGGUUCAACCGACACCGAAGAGGCCGACUGCUCAAUCUGCCUUUUAUGGCGGAUACGGCUCCAAUCCCGGAAUAUUCAUCACCUGCAUAUCCUCCGCCUUCGGAGGAUGAUAACGAUCCAGAUCUCCCCGUCCACAGUUUUCAGGCCGUGAGUUCCAUGGUGGGCUCCUCGCCUCCUCGCACUCCCCCUCCCAAGCACGCUCGUCUGUCCCGCAAUGAUCGAACCAUCCGACACGAAGACGGCGCAGACCUGCUUCUAUACCUUGCCAAUUCUCCUACGCCAGCCAGUGUCAGCAAGCAUCAGACCCGGGAUUUUCCUCCUUCUACACCUCCGAGCCAGCAUGCCGUUCUACCGUCGUUAACCCCGACCUUCGGGGGCGGCGGUGUCUUUCCGAACUUCGGCACGCCCAACCAACAAUUCAACUUUGCGGACUUCGUGAAUGUCACCCCGAGUCCAGCACAGCCAGCCUGGGGCGGCCGCACGCCAGGGGGUCCGUCCAGGACCCCCCUCGCCAAUAAAGACCGCAGACGCUCCAACCUGGAGAGCUUGCUGCCUCCGGGCGCAGAUAGCCCCAAGAUGAGUGGAAAGGGACGGGGAACUGUUCUGCAACUUGGGGAGGAGCUGCGGCCGUAGCCCAACCAGCCGCUGGAUGUACAGAUCUGCCUUGGUUGCGGAUUCGACUCGGGCUCAUCCUUCACGACUCUUGAUGAUUGUUUAUGUGCACAUUACCCUAUUUUGUCCUAGUCUCAUACCCCCUUCGCUGCGUCAUCCUUCUCUUCUACCCAUACCAUUUAUGUUAUCAUGCCCCAGCUGGAGGGAUCCAGAUCAUGACUUUUCAUUUGUGUGCGAACAGUGCCUGGUAGAUUCUGGACAACCUUCGCCAUGGCUUUCGCUGAAUACUAUUACUUUCACAAUG